GGUCAUACAGCUGACUGACAUCUACCUAAACCUUCCCCGUGACAUCCUUUAAUGACCAAUUUCAUCUACAUUUCAUCAUUGCGCCUAGGUAGAUUGUACGGCACUGCUCGUAUUCAACCGUUCAUCCAACAGCGAUGACUGAGUAAAUCUCACCUUCGAGGUAGUAUCUGAACUACCUAUCACCGAAUACCACCAUUCCAUUUAGUUACGGUCGCAAGUUUUCCGAGAAGCUUCUUGUAAACGUAGCGUAGUUACCGCUAGGAUAUCGGCGACUAUGGAUCGGGUUCGCUCGUUAUUCAAGAAGAGGGACGAUGAGGUGGAGGAGGAGGAAUACCAACCCUUAACCGAGGAAUCGCGGUCGUUCGAAGAACCUCACGGACAUAACGAGACCGACGAGACACCAUUCUCAUGGAUCGAAUAUUGUCUCUUUGCUAUACUUGGCGUUGCGAUGCUAUGGGCCUGGAACAUGUUCCUCGCUGCAGCGCCUUAUUUCCAAAUUCGAUUUCAGGAUGACGACUGGAUUCUCAGUAAUUUCCAAUCGGCGAUUAUUUCCGUCUCAACACUCGGGAAUUUAGGGUCGAUGAUCGUGUUGACGAAUGUCCAAUACACGGCUUCUUACCCGUUUCGCAUCAACCUCGCCCUCUACAUGAACGUCGUUAUAUUUGCCUUAUUAACCGCUUCGACCGCUAUAUUCCUCGAUGCAUCACCUACGGCAUACCUAACAUUUUUAUUGGCCAUGGUAGCUUUCACCGCUUGGGCGGCUGGGUUGAUACAGAAUGGCGCAUUUGCAUUUGCCUCCAGUUUCGGGCGACCCGAAUACAUGCAGGCCAUUAUGGCCGGUCAAGGCGUGGCAGGAGUCCUGCCUGCGCUUGUUCAGGUCAUAUCGGUUCUCGUAGCACCGCCUGCCGAUGCAACCGCUGGAGUGAAAGAAGGGGUUUCUUCGGGCAAUGGGAAGGCUGCGUUCAUAUAUUUCCUCACCGCUGUGAUUAUAUCACUCAUAGCGCUCGUGGCAUUCAUCCCACUGGUCAACCGUCAUAACCGUAUCGUCGAAAAUAGGAUGAUGGAACAUAUGGCUGCAUCGAUGACAAGCAUCGAAUCUGCAGAACGUGCAGCGCGUAAGGUCGUCAGCAUGCUGACGCUCUUCCGAAAACUCCAUUGGUUAGCGGGCGGAGUUUUUAUGUGCUUCGCCGUCGCCAUGUUCUUUCCGGUUUUCACACCGAAGAUUUUGUCAGUGACACCGCCGGAAGAUGCGGGUUUGUUAUUACAACCUGCCGCCUUCAUCCCGCUCGGCUUCUUAUUCUGGAAUCUCGGCGAUCUUGGCGGGAGGACCAGUUCUCUCUUCCUCUCACUCCGGGACCGGCCCGCUUUAUUGUUCGUAGCAAGUAUAGCACGGUUCCUGUUCUUGCCGCUUUACGCUCUAUGCAAUCUGCACGGCAAAGGGGCCGUCAUUAAUAGCGAUGUGUUUUAUUUGCUAAUAGUGCAAUUCCCCUACGGAUUCACUACCGGUUGGCUGGGCUCCAACUGCAUGAUGGCUGCCGGCGAGUGGGUUGAUGAUGGGGAACGCGAGGCCUCUGGAGGAUUCAUGGGGUUAGCAUUAGUGGCUGGCUUGGCUUUUGGUAGCCUGCUAAGCUUCACGGCUGCCGGGAUAUGAUUACAUAUGAAUUUGUGGCAAACGGGAUUCGAUAAAUUUUUUCUUAUAGAUAUGGAGCGGUACCGAAGGAUUAUUCAUGAUGCAUUUUGGGUAUGGCGCAAACUAGAAUCUUACAUCUAUAUUAUUGAUAUUAUGAGAAUGUUAAGAUUAUUAUUCGGAUUAUUUCUUAGGUACACACGACAGGUAUUGGUGUGUAUCUAGCAUUGAUUUUAGCUAGCCGUAGGUAACCACCCGAGGGAGUGGAUAUUAGAUCGCCGUGCAUGUAUACACGGACGAAUCGCAUCGCUCAGAUUGCUUCUCACGAUGCUCAUAAAGUCGCUAGCUUUGGCAGUUUGCUAGCAAGGGUACAUGACUCCUCCACAGGGGUAAAUUAAUCUCGAUCAUAUCGGUCACACGGAUCGUUUAACUUGUGCUCAUAUCCAUAGAUUCCCCGAUUCCCAUAGAAUGGGCAGUUCUCACAAAAGGAACCAGAUGAUAGAUCAUAGUCCUAGAUAUUCGAUAAAGGCUUAGGGAUUCGCUAGCCCGUUAUGUAUGCCCGUCGUCUACUAAUUAUAUCUCUUCUGAUGGAGGGUUUCUAGGACCUAGACUGCGCCACCAUGUACGCUUGAGCAUUUCUGUUAGGCUGCCCGCAGCCGCACCUGGACACACUGGAUGUAGGUGGAUGUAGCUGUGUAGGUACUGCAUCCUGGGGGUAGCACAUACCUGGACUGGCUGGAGUCCCGGACCUGAACCUGAACAUGAACCUUGAC